CAUCUCCAGUCGGAACGCCUUACAAUCUUUUUGGAAUCCAGUUGAACCGGUGACAGUUGUGCCUCAUCACUCACAAUGGUCCGAACAGCCCUGCCAGCUCAGCUUCAGGAGUCUCCAGAAGACUCGUCUAUGCACGACGGAUUAUUCAAGGAAGACAACACCGUUCCGCCCAAACAAGACCGAAUCCUCCCCCUCUUCAGUCUCAAGGGUAAGACGGCUAUCAUCUCAGGAGCCGGCGCCGGCAUUGGAUAUGCUGUGGCACAAGGCUUCGCCGAAGCGGGCGCCAACGUAGCAAUCUGGUAUCACGGCAACAAAAAAGCGAUUGAAAAGGCCAAAGCCAUCGAGCAAGAAUUCGGCGUCAAAUGCAAAGCCUAUCAAACAGAUGUCACGGACUUUGCAGAUACGAAGCGCGUCAUCCAUGAAAUCGUACAAGAAUUCAAUGGUCGUCUUGACAUUUUUGUGGCUAAUGCUGGCAUCCCUUGGACCCAGGGACGAAUGAUCGAUGGCCAAUUGGAUCAUUACCAUAAAGUUGUUUCCACUGAUUUGGAUGGUGUUUUUUACUGCGCCAAAGCUGCGGGCGAGAUUUGGAGGAGACAGUAUACGUCGGGAGUCGACGCUUUCGGUUCACCAUUGCAAAACUACAGCUAUGGAUCAUUCAUCGCUACGGCUUCUAUGAGUGGUCACAUUGCCAACAUCCCUCAACUUCAAGCCGCUUACAAUGCUGCAAAAGCGGGCGUGAUACACUUGUGCAGGUCUUUGGCGGUGGAGUGGGUGAAAUUUGCGAGGGCGAACAGUGUCAGUCCGGGAUAUAUGGCGACCGAGAUUUCGGAUUUCAUACCACCGAAGACGAAGAGGAUUUGGCAUGGGAAGAUCCCCAUGGGUAGGGAAGGAGAGGCUAGUGAGCUGAAGGGAGCAUAUCUUUACUUGGCGAGUGACGCGAGCUCAUACACUACUGGCACUGAUAUUGUUGUCGAUGGAGGAUAUUGUGCCGUUUAAGCAGGCCACCUGGAGAUGGGGAUCGUAGCUCAAGAAUGUCAGGUUGAAGAAAAGUUGUAUAGCAGGGCUCUGCUUUCUUUGUGUUUAUAUGUACGUACUGACAGUGCUCCGGCAUCGCUGCCUUUGUCCAGUUCUCAGCACAUUAACCGAGUCAUAGUCUAGUUAGCCCAGCAAUCAAGUAUUGGCGUAGAUGUG